AUGGAGGACGACGCAGAAAGCGUGGUGGCCGUGUCCAGUGCGUAUCCGUGGCACGCUGGUGGAUUACCCUCCUUCGCAGCCAUCAACUCGUCAGCCACGACGGCGGAGUCCACACAGUCCCAUCGCGGCCUGACGGACUCCGAUCGAUACCCCCAGCAGCAGCAACAGGCUCCGCUCACUCUCCAAUACCCACCGGAGAUCAAACGCAGGCUCCAACCCGACCGCUGCAAAGAGGUCUUGGAUGGCGCCCUCAACGCGCACCGGCAGCGACGACUGCAGAUAGUGGACGAUGCUGGCGGGGCCAACCUUGGACGCAUGUCGCGACGGCGCAAAACUUCGCAGUACGCCGGGAUCGUCCCCUCCUCUCGCGUCUCCAAGCGUCCGCUGGCCCUGGCGGAUUCGCAGCUGUACCGAAAGCGGUCCUUAAAGAAGGCGGAAGCCGCCGUGGCGGCAACGGAGGUGAACUCGGCGUCGAACGUCUCUCCCCCGGCUGCACAGCUAAAUGGGUCGCCGAGAGCACUGCGUGGACACGCACCCACGCCGCCAAAUUCGAAGGCGCAGAGACGUCAAUCGUCACUGCGGAUCUCGUCCUCCCUUACCCCUUCCGCACACUCCCCACGGCAUGCGUCGCCGUCUCUUUCGUCGCCUCGCAUUUCAGAGUCGGGUGAACGGACGCUUCGUGACGUGGAGGGACACCCACACAAAGACGGGCAGAAAGCGCCGUCAGCAGCUUCAAGGGGGUCCUCCGCGGUUGACCUGCACACGCGCGAUGUCCUGCCUCCCAUCCCACAGCAGAAAACACCACAGGAACAAAACCUCCUCCCGCAGAAGCAGCAGCAGCAACAGGAACAGAAGGAUAUUCUUUGUGGUUUGCUGGCACAUUCAGAGCCUCUUUGCAGCACAAGCUUAUCAGAUGUCGUCUCACCGCUGCAUAUCACGCCGUCCGCAGCGUCCGUGCAGCCGGCACUCGCGUCCCAGAACGCAAAAGGAGGCGGCCAUCCGCUGAUGACAUCGCCGUGUCAUCCGCAGCGCCAGCAGUGGCUGCCGUCGUUCAGACGCAUCAACUCCGCUGAAAGUCUGAACAUAACGGAUGAGGACGGACGCCCCGCCUCACUCGGAAAGAAGAAACGGUCGGAGUCACGCGUGUCCAUCUGUGCCGCGGCGGCAAGGGAGGAGCCAGACGCCGCAGGACAUCGCCCGAUGCGUCCGGCGAGCUCCUCGAAGACGCUCUCCAUUGUGUGGGUGAAGCGUCCGCGCGAUGCGUCCUCGGCGUCGCACCGGGUGCUGCAGCGGAUGGGGCAGCAUCAGCGGAAACUGGAAAACGAUCGACGCGACAAGCGGACGCAGUGGAAGCUGCGGCCGCCGUCGUCGUUGCUGCGGCAGGCGCGCAAGAAGCGUGCGUCUGGGCAGCAGCAACAUCAGCAGUACCAACCGCAGUACCAGCAACGUCGGAGGCGGUCGAGACAAAGGCGUGACUCGGAGACACUGCGAGAGUAUGACUCUUCCAACGCAACAGAGGUGUUCGAAGAAAGCGACGGCAGCGCCUACGAGGACGUCCCUUAUCUUCAACACGAGCAACUGCUGGCGGCGAUGCGGGCGGAAGCCAACCGUCCCCGUCGCACAGUGGAGGCCGUCCUGGCGCGUCACGACGUGGCCGUCGGAAAGUCAACCCAGCACACGCCGCAGCUGCCCCACGCCACAGCAGGAGCCUCCAAAAACCCCUCCCGGCCACCACCGCCGCCCGCCUGGUCCUCCACAGACUCCAUUGGAGCGGACACCCCUCCACGUGGGCACCGUGUCAGCCUCGGCGUGCAGACAGCUGCGCGCACGCACCACGAUCGUAGCGGCGACGUAAAGGGCGGCCCCACGGCCCGUUCUUCCCCUUCGUCUCCUUCCUCUCCCCACCGGCGUCUGCUCCCACCCCCGUCUCCACCUGAUGAUAAGAGCACCGCGCGACGCCAGACUCAUCCUGCACCCUCCAAGUCCUCCGCAUCCCACGUGGCAGGAAACACGGCCGAAGUGGAAAAGCUCGCCCCGGUGGUGGCAGACCACCGCAACGAUGACGGCAAGCACAAUCGCAACAGCGGCGGCGACGGCCGACGUACUUUGUGCGCCGCGUCCACCCAGACGCCUGGCGAGGAGCGCGACGUGUUCGGCCACGGCGCCCAGACAAAGACGCAGGCGGGAGCCGUUGCGAAAAAGUCUCCUAUCGUUGCGGGUGAGGAAGAGGCGGGGAAGAAAAGAAAACAAACGCGCGCUGGACCGCAGAGUGCGCCGUCUGUGUCGCCGCCACAGCUGCAGCCGUCGCUGCCGGUGACACGUCGCGCACCUUCGAAGCAGACAAACGGCAGUGCGAAGGGAGCAAAGGCGCCUCGCCACGCAGGUACGACCACCGUUGCGCUACCGCCGCUGACAGCGGGAUCACAGCCACCACAACCGCGGCGUCCUCCACUCCCACCACUCCCUCCCCCGACUCGGCAGCAGCAGCUGCGACGGCGGUCGAUGAACCGUCAGCAGUUGUCCUACGUCUUUGCGCCGUACAAGGCAGGCAUGCCCACUUCGCCAGGUGGGCGAGUGCGCUACAAUGCAGCGAUCGAAGUACAUCAUCACCGCCACAGCGUACGACCCCAACUCGGGCAGUCAAACGAGAAGAAGGAAAGGACGUCACUGCAACUGCAACUGCACGAUCGUGCACCAGCGGAGAAGCCGAUCGACUACACGGCACUGACGAACCAAUUUGACCCCUUGAACUACCUGCUGGGCCGCCACGGCUUCUGGGGCGAGUCGACCACACGAUGA